GCUUUUAUAGUCCGUUUUCUAUUUAAACGAGUUGGUAUUACCGUUGUCUUCAUUCAGCUAAUUGAUUCAUAAGGAUAUAGUAUUUGGAAGUUUCACACGAAUUUAGAAGAGUAAAAAAAUGGUGUUGAAAACAUUGUUACUUACAUAUUUAUUGCAUCUACUACCUUAUACACAUGGAUGGUCUAUCGUGACAUCACGUCCUGUAAUGAUGGAGCCGGAGCCAGAGGCGAGGCUGAUGAGUUUAGAAGACGUUUAUGACCAGCAGGACACCUUUAGACUGAAUGAUGCUGACAUGGGAUUAACAGCUCUUAAAGACAAGAAACUGGUAUCCUGCUUUGUGAACGAUUAUGAUCCGUAUUGGCUACCCGGGCCUUCGGAUAAAAGUUAUAUUAUCAGAAAUCAGCCUUGCGAUAAAGUCAGCAAGAACACAGACUUUACAACUUUAAAGAAGAAAGCAGGCUCAAAAAUCGCUAGCAUGUGUAGAGAUUUAUACGUCUUUUGGCUUGCCGCCCGCAAUAUGGGACCUCCCCCGUUACCUGGCAUGUUUCAAGAGCAACAGUCAAGGGACUGUCCUUACGACGAUGACCUUUUAGUUCCUCCGACCACCACGGAAUCAGCACCACCAAUGUUACCCGAAGGGGCACGCCAUAUGUUACGUAUCGGCGGACCUCCAUCAUUACAAGACAGCGGCGCACCUUCGAUGCUACAAGACAGCGCAUCACGAGAAUCUCAUGAUGAAGCACCACCAAUGUUACCCGAAGGGGCACGCCAUAUGUUACGUAUCGGCGAACCUCCAUCAUUACAAGACAGCGGCGCACCUCCGAUGCUACAAGACAGCGUAUCACAAGAAUCUCAUGAUGAAGCACCGCCAAUGAUAGGGGACGGCGCUCCGCCAAUGAUAGGGGACGGCGCACCGCCAAUGAUAGAGGACGGGGCACCACCGAUGUUAGAUGACGGCGCACCACCAAUGUUGCGUGAAGGAGCUCCCCCAAUGUCACGUGACGAAGCACCACCAAUGAUAGAUGACGGCGCACCACCAAUGUUACAAAGUGGUGUACCACCUAUGUUUAAUGACGGCGAAAUGAGACCGCCCUUGACUGAAAAAUCACAUUCAAGGCGGGACUUAGACGCCCCUCCUUCUCUAGCGGCCGUGUUGAAAAAGAUGAUGAAGGAAAACAAAGAAACAGAUAUUGUUGCACCUCCAACACCGGACAUGAAAACACCACCGCCUCCACAUCAAUUUCGUAGGAAUAUCUGACGAUAUUUCUUUAAAUUUUAUAAACAGUAUUAAAUGUGAAUUCCAGACUCUUUGGUGUUUUCAAAGUAUGUAUUGACAUUUUGUUCGGACAAAGUUGCAAAUUUUAUAUUGCUUACAAUUACGAUAAUUUAUUGAAAUGGUUUGUGUAACCGUUCUGACAGGUUUUCAAAUAAAUCGACUGUUGAACGUGA